ACAGUAGGUGGCAGUGUGUACAUAAUUCAUCUCUCUAGCAACAGCAUGAAGAAGUACUUUGAGCGGAUGUGACGAAAGAACCGCUGAAAGUUUAAAUUUGACGACGGUUAAACGGCGGCGGUUUGCAGGAGCCAUGAUGGAGAAUACCUUUCCAAUAUACAAGGUGGACGCCAUUGUGCAGUUUUUUCGAACUGAAGUUUUGACCGGUCAAGAGGCGAAACAUUUUGCAAAAGGUGAUAUCACUCCAAAUCCAAAGGCAGAUGUCAUCCAGAGGCUCUACAUGAGAAUCUUGCAGCUUGUGUAUCGCUUCAGGCCUGAGUGCCAUUACCUGGCACCUCUCUCAGAAAAUCUCCAAUACCCAAUGUUACACGAGUGGUCUACACCAGUGUUGAGUCUAUAUGUAUGCAUGUGCCAGUUUUUACCAGUAUGCCAUGUGUAUGAUUUUUCACUAAACGACCUGCUUAAUCCUAAGCCCAAGAGAACAAUCACUAUAUUAAGUGGAAUCCAAAAUUUCCUGCACUUUCGGAAACAGAGGCUGGAAAUUAUUGCAGGCCAUCAGCAGGCUUUUCGGGCAGAUAUGGAUAAACUUCAGUCAUGCACAAAAGGCAUUAAGGACGCUGAAAAGAAGAUCGAGAAGCUGAUGACAAUCCCACCAGAACAGCAAGCAGAGGCUAAAGACCUGGCUGCAGCCCUCACCGAAGUGAAAAACGCUACCAUGCAAGAAACCCAGGAAGUGAAUGCCCUUAAUGAACAGGUUGCAGAGUGCAAAAGAGAAAUUGCAGAACGGUCACAGAAACUGAGCCAGAGGAAGCUAGAAGUGGCCAAUUACAAAGAUGAAAUGGCCAAACUUAAAUCUCAGAUUGUUGAGUCUCCUGAGGAGCUCAAGAAUGAGAUGGAAAAGAUGAAGGAAAGCAUAAAGAACAUUAAGAACUCAAAAGAACUGGCAGAUGAGACGCUGGUGGAGCUCCAGAUUAAGGUGCAGUGUGCUAGCCAAGGUGAAGCUGAAAUUCAAGUAAUACUGAAACAGCUGCAUGACCUGCAGGCCAGCAUGUGCAAGACUAACCAGCAGAAGGAAGAGGUUCAGAAUAUGGUGGCUCUCUACGAGUCCUUGCAGAAGGAGUUAAAGGGCUUAAGCAAUGAAGAGGGUCAGCUAAAGAGAGGUCUGGCAAUGAAACACGACAAACAGUCCAAGCAGCAGAUUCGGCAUCAGAAAAAGAAGGAGCUCAAGGACCAGCAUGUCCAAAAUAUACUUGGGCAAUAUGACAAAGUUCAUGAAAAGCGGGAGGAAAUUGUGGAUCAAAUAAAAAACAUCACCCGAGAAACUGCGCAGUUCAAGGCAAAAAUGCAGGAGCUUAGAGAUUCCUGCAACCAGAACAGUGAAAGUGCUCAGGCUAUCUACGAUCGGCUGCUCACCACACUGGAGCAAUACCACAAACGUCUUGAAAAUUUAGUGAUGGAAGGAAGUGCUGACAUCAUGAAAAUGAAAACCAAUUUCUAAGCUUGUUUUUGAAAUUUCUUUUUCCCUGUAUUGCCCUUUUUCUCUGUACCUUUUUCAAAUGUUUGUCAUAUGUAAAUUUUCUUUAUUUUCCCACAAUAAAUUAAAAUGUUA